AUGGAGGAAAGAAUUAGUUACCCGGCGAAGGAAAGGACGAAAAGUCAGUUGUUACCGAGUGCGAGGGGUGGGAGGGAGAAAAGGAGGAGAGGGGGAGGGAAAGGAGGAGGGAGAGGAGGGAAGGGAGGAGUGAGGAUGAGGGAGGGAGAGGAGGAGGGAAAUGAGGAGGGAGGAGGAGGGAGAGGAGGAGAAAGAGGAGGAGGGAGGCAAGGAGGGAAAGGAGGAGGGAGAGGAGGAGGGAGGGGAGGAGGGAGAGGAGGAGGGGGAGGAGGAGGGAUGGAGGAGAGAGAGGAGGAGGGAAGGGAGUAG